AUGUCUACUGUGGAGCCAUUGUCACAUCAGGAUCCAGACAUACCACCGGAAUGGGACUGGGCGAAAGAUAAAGAGAACCCCCGCAAUUGGUCCCGACUACAAAAGUUCGCUACAGCCUUUACUGUCUGCUCCAUCGGCUUUACAACCACAGUCGGAGCAUCAAUCUACUCUCCCGGACACAAUGAAGUAAAGCAGGAAUUCAAUGUUUCAUCCACCGUCUCUCUCUUGCCAUUAUCUGCAUACACUCUUGGUCUUGCAUUUGGGCCUGUGAUCUCCUCGCCACUAUCCGAAGCCUUCGGCCGAAGGUUCGUGUACAUGGUUACACUUCCGCUGUUUGAUAUCUUCAUGCUUGCCACAGGACUUACACAUGGUAUUGCUUCGUUGACGAUCUGUCGCUUUUUAGCGGGCUUCUUUGCCGCACCUGGUGUUUCUGUGUCAGCGGCUGUGAUAUGUGAUUUCACUUCACCUGAACAUCGGGUUAUUCCCCUCGCGGGGUAUUAUGCUAUGCCAUGGCUUGGCAGUGCGGUUGGGCCACUUAUUGGUGGAUUUGUGGUGCAGGCAAAGGGAUGGCGCUGGACUUCGUGGGUUGUUCUCAUGAUGGCGGCGGCUUUUCAUCCUCCCGUGUUGUUCUUGCGAGAGUCAUUUAAGACGACGAUCUUGCAGCGGAAGAACAGGGGAAAAGUAACGGAGGUGAGCGAUACAUGCAAUAGAGAGACUGUGAGUCCGAUGCGGAUGAUACAGACGUUCAUAACGUCAACUAUCAUUAGACCGCUCCAUAUGCUCAUCACCGAGCCUUUGGUGGGGCUUAUUUGUAUGUACACCGGAUUCCAGUUUGUGCUAUUAUACACUUUUAUCGUUGCCAGUCCAUGGGUCUUCGAGACUGUCUACGGAUUCUCAUUGACAAGCCAGAGUCUCUCAUUUCUCGGAAUGAUAAGCGGCUGUAUUUUUGCGCCGUUUGUAUUUGUUGCCGUUGAAUCCUUUCUACGCAGCCACCAUCCUCAACCAGAAUCAUCAGCCUUACACAACGUUGAAAGAAAGCUCCAUGCCGCGCUGUAUGGGAGCUUUCUACUCCCAUUUGCCCUCUUCUGGUUUGCCUGGAGCGCCAGACCUUCCGUCCACUGGAUCUGUCCCAUCUUCGCCCAAGGAGUGGCUUUCAUCUGUACCUACCUUAUCUACGUGGCAUGCAGCUCGUACAUGGUGCAGAUAUACGGUGCAAAGUAUGGCGCCUCCGCUAACGGGGCAUCCUCUUUCUCCCGUUAUACGCUUUCAGCUGCUUUCCCUCUCUUCGUGACUCAGAUGUAUGAGGCACUAGGCGUGGGUUGGGCAACGAGUCUUUUGGGGUUCCUGGCGCUGGGCAUGGCACCUAUUCCGUGGAUGUUUUCUCGCUAUGGACCUGCUUUCCGGGCUAGGAGUGCAUAUGAGCAUGGUACGUGA